UUCCGGGAUGGUUGUUAGCUAUGCUACUAACGCAGAGAAGUUAUUCUAAUAUUAUUUGGUCUCUUAGCUUUUAUUUGAUGAUUUUCAAUGGAGAAUGGCUUCGUUGAUUGUCACUGUCAUAUCUCGGCUCAUGAGUUUGAAGAGGAUUUCGAGGAUGUGAUCCUGAGGACGAGGGAGGCUGGUGUAAAGACUCUGGUUGCAGUUACAGAAGAAGUCGGAGAGUUUGCCCGAGUUCUCCAGCUGCAGGAAAGCUAUCCAGAUCUCGUGGCUCCGUGUUUUGGCAUCCAUCCGCUGCAGGCUGCCGAGGGGCCUCAGCAGCGCAGCGUGAAACCUCAGGAUCUGGACGUCGCCCUUCCACACUUCUAUAACCACAAAGAACGCCUGGUCGCUGUUGGAGAG